GACAUAUGGCCCCCAGGGCCAAUCAUACUAUCACAGGGGGUCAUACAAUCGGCCACAGUCCCAUAGAUGACAAGCUCCGCCGCUUCAACGACUCGGACUCAUGGAACCAUGGACGUAUCAGCGCCAUACGAAUGUUGUGCGGGCAGUACCUGCUUGCCCUGCAAGUCCAGUACAACGGGCUAUGGGCAACUAAGCACGGGUUCUGGAACCCCAAAUGUACGGAAAACCAAUCGUGGACGCCCACGCAUUACUUCGGAGAGGACGAAUGGAUAGACCGCGCUGAGUUGACGGGCGGCUGGUACACAAGCAGCAUCACCCUCACCACAAACAAGCGGCGGCUAGAGACAUGCGGGAUCCCCGUGGAGUCCCCCACAUUCCAGGAGAGUGGCAGGCUGGAGUAUGUCUCCGGGAUAUUCGGCUGCUACUUCGACCGACUUCAACUUCACUGGUCAUUAGCGCGUUGUCCGUCGGGUAAGCUGAUUACUGGUGACAUCAACGACUGCAAAUCGUGUCCAAUCGGGACGUGCAAGAACAACUCACUGGAAAUAUUUGGGGCUGAAUGCACACCGUGCACAGAUUCUACAACACAAAGUAUUGCUAGAAAUGCAAGCCAAAGUUCCACUCUCAGGGCCAACCAUACCACAACAGAAGGUAAUCGUCUGAAGCAUAUGUAA